UCGUAUACAGACACAGCAUCUAGAGACACGCCACGGUCAGGUUGUUGGUUGUUGGUUGACUCCUACAGAAGUGCGUUUCGAGUCGCACUUUUCUCAUUUCUCUCCGCUCACGGAGAAUAUUUGACUUCAUUAAACAAAACCAGUGGAAGAAUAUUAAAAUCAUCUUUAACUGUAUUAUUAAAGAGACUGGAAAAGUUAUAUAAUAUGAAACAAUAAAUAGACGAAACAAGAACCCAGGUUAUAUAACCUCAAAAAAAGGAAAUGUCUUUGGCGGAUGAACUUCUCGCAGACCUCGAGGAAAAUGACGACGCGGAUACUUUCAUGGAGGAGCCGGAGCCGAAAUUCAUUCCGGCUUCGGUCUCUAAAGUCCUAGAAGAAGAGAUAAAGGUAUCCUCUGUUCGAGAGUUAGCCAAGUUACGAGAUUCGGAACAGCUGCAAAAGGUCAUAUCACAGAUUGAAAAGCACAGCAAAAUACCUAGAAAAUCAGCUGACAUUGUGGGACCUGUGGAAUCUGAUCCGGAAUAUCAGUUGAUAGUUGAAGCUAAUAAUAUGGCUGUAGAUAUUGACAAUGAAAUAGCUACUAUACAUAGAUUUACAAGAGAUAAGUAUUCAAAAAGGUUCCCAGAGUUGGAAUCCCUGGUUGUUGGACAAAUGGAAUAUAUAAUGACUGUUAAGGAACUAGGAAAUGAUGUGGACAGGGCAAAAAAUAAUGAAAUUCUCCAACAGUUUCUUACUCAAGCCACAAUUAUGGUGGUUUCUGUGACGGCAUCAACUACUCAAGGCCAAUUAUUGACAGAAGAAGAGAAAGAAGCUAUUGGUGAGGCUUGCGACAUGGCAGUAGAAUUAAACAACUACAAAUUAAAGAUAUUCGAAUAUGUAGAAAGCAGAAUGGCAUUCAUCGCACCAAACUUAUCAAUAAUUGUUGGUGCAUCGACAGCCGCUAAAAUUAUGGGUGUCGCAGGUGGAUUAACAAAACUGUCAAAGAUUCCGGCUUGUAAUGUUCUAGUCCUAGGGUCUCAAAAGACAACACUCUCUGGAUUUUCGCAAGUUGCCACCUUGCCUCAUACAGGAUUCAUUUAUUACUCCGAUAUCGUGCAAGAAACACCUCCCGAUCUACGGAGAAAAGCGGCGAGGCUCGUGGCUGCGAAAUGCACGCUGGCGGCUAGAGUGGAUGCCUGCCACGAAAGUACAAACGGCCACUUCGGUCAGAUGCUGCGCGAGGAGAUUGAGAAGAAAUUGGACAAGCUUCAAGAGCCGCCGCCCGUAAAAUUCGUUAAGCCGCUACCGAAACCAAUUGAUCCUGGUCGAAAAAAACGUGGCGGUAAACGCGUUCGUAAAAUGAAAGAACGCUACGCGAUUACAGAAUUUAGGAAGCAUGCGAAUAGGAUGAACUUCGCAGACAUCGAAAGUGACGCUUACCAAGAGGAUCUCGGUUAUUCGCGAGGAACAAUCGGCAAAGCUGGGGCGGGUCGAAUCAGGCUGCCACAAAUCGACGAGAAGACAAAAGUUAGAAUAUCUAAGACGCUGCAAAAGAAUCUGCAGAAACAACAGCAAUGGGGAGGGAGUACUACUGUUAAGAAGCAAGUAUCUGGCACUGCUUCCAGUGUGGCUUUCACCCCCCUGCAGGGUCUUGAAAUUGUCAAUCCACAAGCUGCAGAGAAAAAGGUGAAUGAAGCAAAUGCGAAAUACUUUUCUAACACAGCUGGUUUUCUGAAAGUCAGGAAAACAUAAACGUGAAGAAUACCUAUUGCAAUAAUAAAUAAGAGAAAACGCAUAUAUAUUUAAUAUUUGUAAAUUUGCUCUUAUUGGAAAUACAAUACAUCUAAGUAGAAAUAAAUAUAAUAUUUAUAUCAUAAACAUAAAAUUUCUGAUCCUUUAUAUUUUAUAUUAACUAUAAUUGGUGGAAAAAAAGAUAAGAACAUAUAAAAAGGUAACAUGUGAAAGUAAUACUUAUAUAUAUAGUUAAUAUACAUGUUAAUCUUCUUCAAUCAUUAUUUCCGUAUCUUUAUCUUCAUUUACUAUCGAUAUUUCGUUCGUUUUCUUCGAACAAGGUUUAAUGAUCGAUUCAUACCAUUGUGUUUCUGCUGUUACCAGGCACCGUCGUCUACAAAUAAGUAUAUGCAUUAAAAUAAAAAAUAUAAUCAGCAACAAAA